UUAUGAUCAACGUUUCGGCAACGGUGUUUAGCCAUUUUCGGCGCGACUCGCAUAUUUUAGCAUAAGUUUGUAGUGAAAUCAGCGCAUCAACUAUGAAUUGGAAGGCUUAUUCCGACGAACUAAUCAAAGAGAUGAAUUAUGCCCAAAAUCAAGUACUGACAUCGGAUAGGUGCGUUGUAAUCGAGGACCUUUGGCCGGCAGCAUUUUUUCAUUUCUUGGUGCUUCCGAAGAAGGAAAUAGACUCGCUAUACGAGCUAAAAACCGAGGAUAUUCCACUGCUCCAGCAUAUGCACGAAAUGGGCUUGGAAGCGGCCGAAACAACCGGUCUUCCGAAGAAACGAUUCGAUUUGGGAUACCAUCAGAGGCCUUCUCAGAGGCGUCUGCACCUGCAUGUGGUAUCAAAGGAUUACUAUUCGCCCCAUCUGGGCGGCAAGUUCCGGUGGAAUGCAUUUCACACCGAUUUUUUCAUGAAAACCGAAGUUGCUAUCGAAAGGCUACGCACCCAUGGUAGCAUCGAGAGGUUGUCCCAAGCACAGCUAACUGCCUGGAAAAAUGCUCCGCUGAAAUGCAACCAAUGUUCGUACCGUGCCAAAUCGUUCUUUUACCUCAAGACACAUUUGUACCAACAUGCAAUACAGUCAUCCUCUUUGCGUGUGAUCGCAGCGUCUCCGAUUUUUUUUACCUUGUUAUUUAUACACCCUCCCCUUCUCCCCUCUUCCCCUUCCACUGACGGACGAAAACUUGACAAUUUUCAGCGCAGCACUCAUGUUUUCAGUGAAAUCAGCGCAUCAACAAUGGAAUGGAAGCCAAACUCGUAUGAAUUAAUCAAAAAGAUCGAAGCGACCCAUUAUCAUGUCCUAUCGUCGGAACAGUGCGUUGUAAUCCAGGAUCUACUGCCUGCAGCAUCUUUCCAUUUCUUGGUGCUUUCGAGGAAGGAUAUAGAAUCGGCGUACCAGCUAAAGACCGAGGAUAUUCCACUGCUCCAGCAUAUGCACGAGAAGGGCUUGGAAGCGGUCAAAAAAGCGGGUCUUCCGACGGAACGUUUUGAUUUGGGAUACCAUCUGGGACCUUCACAGAGGCGUCUGCACCUGCAUGUGGUAUCAAAGGAUUAUCAUUCUCCGCAUCUGCGUGACAAGUUCCGGUGGAAUGCAUUUCACACCGAUUUUUUCUUGAAAACCGAAGACGCUAUCGAAAGGCUACGCACACACGGUAGCAUCGAGAGGUUGUCCCAAGCACAGCUAACUACCUGGAUUAAUGCUCCGUUGAAAUGCAACCAAUGUUCGUACCGUCCUAAAUCGUUUCAAGAUCUGAAGAAACACUUGCAGCAACAUGCCGAACAGUCUUCCUUGUGAUAAAUAUAAAAAA